GUGAAUAUUUUAAUUUCGGAAAGGGUGCAUACGUAAUGGCGCAGCAAGUGCAGCAAGUUUUCAAGGUCGCCCUAGCCAAAACGGCUGGCCAAAGGGCGAUGUCUACCGGCGGUGUCAUCGGCACGUUGGAUGGUUCUGCCGGUCCGGUUACAAAGAAAUGUGCAACGCAAUCGUCCGGACUGCACAUGUCCGUCCAGCGCAGCUAUCCGCUGGCGGCCACCCUUCCGCUACCGCCAAACAUUGACGCAUCGGAAACGAGACGCUUUUCGCCGUUGCGCUCGCGUGACAUUAAUGCUUCGGCUCUGCUAACACACCAAUCGGUCACACCGAUCAGUAUCAGCACCGGUGGUGUGUCAGCCUCCGGACUGAUCGAUGUGACGGUGGACAUGAGUGCCGGAUCGGUCGAUCCACACGUCGCGUCUUACGACUGUACCGGUGCCGUGAGCCUUAACUCGACCAUGCAAAGCAAUGUGCCGAGUCCGUUCGGGGGUAUGCACAAGUUCACGCAUCUGAACAUGCCGGGCGGUGCGUGGGCACAGGAAAGCAAGUUCCUGUCGCACGAGCUUAAUUCCUCGCACUACACCAACCUGCGGCAGGAGGUGCGUUCCGACUGGAGCAGCUACGAGGACCAUAUAAGCCAUCGUGCCUUUUCGCUAAGCUCAACAAACUCAUUGGCAUGUACCGCUGCGGCGCUUAAUAACAAAUCUCCGCAAGCUAAAACCGCUGCUACUGCUAGUGGCACUGCAGGCGAAUCAAAUUCAAAAGGUAAUUCCGUGUCUAGUGAGGAACAGGUCCCCGUCUCGCGCAAAGAUCGGCUAAAGAAAGCAAUCAAAGAGUACGGGUCUACCGUGCUCGUGUUCCAUGUCAGCAUUAGUCUCGCUUCACUGGGUACCUGCUAUCUGCUGGUAUCGAGCGGAAUAGAUAUGGUCUCGCUGCUGGAUCGUAUGGGCUGGGGUGAUUCGGCAAUUGCCAGCAAGGCUGGUGCCGGUGCUGGCACAUUCGUCAUAGCUUACGCUAUCCAUAAGGUGUUUGCUCCGGUUAGAAUUAGCAUUACUCUCGGUGCAACGCCCCUCAUCGUACGGUAUCUUCGCCGGAAGGGCAUCUUGAAACCUCCAGCGCCAUCAGGUACGUCUUCUGGACCAUCAACGCCAUCGGAGAAAUCCUAGAAGAUAUAUAACUUCGUGCUGUGUGACGAUCGUUAAGAAGGUGAAGUGUGCUUUAACGUGUAUAUUUUUGUAUUUGAAAAAAACAUUUAUCAUUCUGUUACACAUUCAGCAAUAAUAAAGUUAAAUAGAAAUACUAAGUCUUUAAA